AACGCGCCGCUCGUGUCGCCCGCGCGCCGCAGCUUCCAGGAAGCGGAACGAAUGAAGUUCAUUUCUCACAGCUGGUGAUGGCGGAUGCUGUCGAAAUAGAGACCAUGAAGAAUUAUAACAUAGCGUUAGAGAGGAUAGACCCGAGCAUAAGCCGCUAUCCCUAUUGUAUUGUAUGGACGCCAAUCCCCGUGCUAUCAUGGCUUUUUCCAUUUAUUGGCCACAUGGGCAUCUGCACUUCCACUGGAGUGAUCCGAGAUUUUGCAGGUCCAUACUUUGUCUCAGAGGACAACAUGGCAUUCGGAAGACCAACAAAGUACUGGAUGUUAGAUGUAAGUAAAGUGUAUACCAGUGGGUCUAAUGCGUGGGACACAGCAGUUCAUAACGCUUCAGAAGAGUAUAAACAGAGAAUGCACAACCUUUGUUGUGACAAUUGUCACUCGCAUGUGGCCAUGGCACUGAACUUGAUGCGCUAUGACAACAGCACCUCAUGGAAUAUGGUGAACCUUUGCCUCCUCUCACUUAUCCAUGGCAAACACGUCAGUUGCAUAGGCUUUCUGAAGACCUGGCUUCCAUUCUGCAUCUUAACCAGCAUCACUAUGGCUGUUGCACUUUCACUAAACCUGCGAUGACCAAGCAGGUAUUAACAGAGGCGGGUGCUCAGGGUGAGUGGGCACAAAGUUGUCAGUGCCCAUCGGAGACCCAUUUCUCCAGCUUAAGGGGAACUCCAAUGAACGUCAACUUGAAGUCCAGCUCUUCAAAGCGUAGAGGAGCACAACAUCAAAAAUCAAACGCUAGACCUCUUUGUCGUAGGGUAGAGACAGCAAAUACACCAUGGCUUCAACGUCUUGUGGUGAUGUAAAGAAACGCUAUUUUCACAAAACAAAACAAAAAAACAACCUGUCUUCCAAAGGCAUGACUUUGGUGUGUCUCUUGAGGGUUAUGGUGCUCAUUUAUCGUUUGGCUAGAUUUUGAUCUCCAAACUAUAACUGCUGUUUAGGAAAAGUAACACUAUAACUUCUAUAAAUAUAUAUAUAUUAAUAUAUUGUCUUAUAUUUUAAAAAUAACUUGAAAAUGAAUUUCUAACGAUGCUCUUUAUGAGAACAUAUAGUUUAUUGUAGAAACAGUGCAUUAUAUAUUGAGAUAAACAUGACGAUGGAUAUCCUUUGCAAAUUUGUAAAGUAAAUAUGAACGCUUAAUUCUAAUUACGUUUAAUGUUUAUUUUUAUUUAAAGGUAUCCUUUCAGUGUCUUAUUGGCAAGGCUAACUAUCAGCAAAUAUAGCUUUUGCUUUUAAUAUUGCAGCUUGGCAUGCUUAUAAGUGUAAUGGGUUUUAUACAUAAAUCGAAUUAGAUAUGGAGAUUAUUAGCACUCAAAAAGUGAUCAUUAAUAAAUGAGAAAAAUCUUGUUUGCCAUAUGUAUUUAAAAGCAUUCGUUGCCUGACCAGCUGUAUUAUAUCGCAAAUUUGACUGCUAUUUUGUUCAUUUACAAUGAUCAUAUUGCAUAUUUCUCGAACCUAUUUGCUUAAAGUAGACUGUGAAAUCCCAAUGUGAACAGGAUGAUUUUUUUUUUUUUUAUCCGUUGGGAGUAGAUUGGAUCAGGAAAAAAGCGAGUGUUUCAUCGCCGAAAAAAGCCAGGCCGGAAUGCAAAUGGAUGAAAUUUAAGUGUCCUUGGUGACUUCAGUUAAAAUAGAGGGUUGAUUCAGGGACCAAGAUCAUUUAGGGAAACAAAGAUGAAAAUCAGAUGUUUAGUUUUCUAAAAUGCAAUGAUGAUGAAUCCUGCACAGUAAGACCAGGAAUGAAGGCGGUAAAAGAGCUCAUGAUUUUGAUGUCAUGUUGCCUUUAAUAAAUCUCUGUUGUCCUGAGAUUCACAUUA